CUUACGUCAGAAAUGGGAUUUAACAGAUUUGAUCUUGGAUGUCAAACCUUGAAUAUAUUCAAACCCAUUUUAUGGACAUGGGGAUUGGGCAAUGAGAGGUUGAAUUAGGAGUUGAAGAAUGCAGAGAUAGCUGAAUUGGAUAUCUCAAUGAGUUUGUUCAUUUGAUUGGUGAACUUGGUUCACCUACUGAAGGGUGUAAAGAAAGGAUUCUGAGCAAGCAUGGUCGAUGCAGAAGAUUUUAUGGAGGCCUCAGGAUCCCGGUUUAGUGACUUGGAGUUAAUUGGAACAGGGUCAUUUGGAGAUGUCUAUAAAGGGUUUGAUAAAGAGCUCAACAAAGUGGUUGCUAUUAAAGUUAUUGAUUUGGAAGAAUCAGAGGAUGAAAUUGAGGACAUUCAGAAGGAAAUUGCAAUUCUGUCACAAUGUCGAUCUCCAUAUAUUACAGAAUACUAUGGGUCCUAUCUGCACCAAACUAAAUUGUGGAUAAUAAUGGAAUUCAUGGCUGGUGGCUCUGUUGCUGAUCUAAUUGGACCAAAUCAGCCUAUGGAUGAAAUGUCUAUAGCUUGCAUUUUACGUGACUUGCUCCAUGCAAUUGAAUAUCUCCACACUGAAGGGAAGAUUCAUAGGGACAUUAAAGGUUUAUUUUCCUAG